AUGGCGCCGGCCGCCGCGGACACACACAGGCGACGAAGGAGAGCGGCAGGGCUCGGGCCCGCGGCGGCAGAGGAGAGCGCGCGGGGAGCACAGGCCCAACGACGCCUGCGGUGGCGGGGCCGACCGGGCCGGGCCCGAUGCCGGGGCGGGCCGCAGCGCAAGGCCGUGCCGCUGAUUGGGCCGCCCGACGCCGGGGGCGGGCCGCGGUGGGGCUGGCGGGGACUGCCGGGAGCGGAGACCCCCGCUGCGGCGGUGGCACUGCUGCGCGCGGUCCUCCCGCCCUGUCUUCCCGUCAGCUGCGGUGUGGUCGGGACGUCCCUGCCCCGCCCAGGUGUCCAUCCGCCUUCGUCAGUGAGAAGGGCUGCAGGUUUGGGUGGGAAACCCGCGGUCCCAAGAACCGCGUUCGCCCCGAGGAGGCGCGUGCAGGACGCCCUUCCCCGUCUCCCAGAAAAUUCCUACUCAACCUUCCAGACUCAACACAAAUAUUUCCUAAAGGAGGCCUUUUCUAACUCCCUGCCUACCAACACUUUUGAUCUCCUAGGUCUCUCUGUUUUAUCACUGUUCCACCAUUGUGCAUAUGUUCCUCUGCUACAGCAUUUAGCACAAUCUAUUGUGACUCUGUUGACACCUACUACAAGGACGCGGGAGCCUCGAGGUCAGGAAAUGUGUGAUUGCGCCUGUAUUUCACUAGUGCUCCGACUAGUAAGAGGAGCUCAAUAAAUUUUUGUGGAAUUUA